ACGAUCGUCUGUGAAAUGUGACAUCAUAUAUCCGCGACAAGAACUGACACACCAUAGAGAUUUACCAGAGAAUCAUGGAGGCGUUGUGGCGAUAUGUCAGUUUAUAGUGAAAGUGUGUUUUUAUUUUUACACAACGAUAUUUUUACGUUACGUAACGGGAAUAUUUCGAGAAUUGGCUAUGGAUUCUGAAUUCUCCGAUGGCGAAGGGUUUGGAAUUGAAGUGAUUAUAGAUGCUAAAGACGGAAAAGCACCAUGUUGUCCCCAUGGCCCCACGCUGCUAUUUGAGAAGCUGUGCGGAGGCGGAGAGACGCAGGGCAGGCGCUUCUACGCCUGCUCCGCCUGCAGGGACAGAAAAGACUGCAGCUUCUUCCAGUGGGAGGAUGAGAAGGUUUCCCAGGCUAGGCUCUUGGCCCGAGAGAAGGAAAAUCAAUCAAAGCAGCCUCCUUAUUCUCAUCAGGAAUACUGCUCCAGGUUCAGGGAGUUUGUGUCCUUGCCCCUGGACCAGAGGAGGUUCUGCCAAGACUGUCAGCUCCUGCUUCUCCCCAAUGAGUGGAGCGAGCACGCCACUCACAGGGUGCUCGGUGAUGACAUCACAGUGGCCCGUCUGAGGAGGCCGAGCCUGCUGCUGUGUCCCCUGGAGAACAAGAAGAGCAAUGCGCAGUACCUGUUCGCUGAUCGCAGCUGCCACUUCCUGCUGGACCUGCUGGCCAGUUUGGGGUUCAGCAAGGUGCUCUGUGUUGGGACUCCCCGACUCCAUGAGCUGAUGAAGAUCCGCAACCAGGAAACAGGAAAGGAAGUUCUGAGGAGCCUCCUACUGGACAUUGAUUUCAGGUAUGCUCAGUUCUGCAGCGAAAAUGAAUUUUGCCACUAUAACAUGUUCAACCACCACUUUUUUAACCCUGAGGGAGCCGAAGCCGUUUUUAAGGCCUUCUUGAGCGAGGAAGGCCCCGAGAAGGUUGUCAUGGUGACCGACCCACCAUUCGGGGGGCUGGUGAAACCCCUGGCGCACAGUUUCUCCCGAAUCUCAGACGCGUGGAAGAUCCUCCAGGGUCCAGAGAGCAGCAGUAAGGAGAUGCCCAUGGUCUGGAUCUUCCCCUACUUCUUUGAGUCCCGCAUCUUGGAAUGCUUCCCCUCCUUCUCCAUGUUGGAUUAUCAGGUAUGCCGUACACACCCUGGUGCUGAGGGUCUGGAGGGUGUGUUGAGUCAUUCCCCAGUAAGUGUGUUUGAAAGGUCGAAGGGCUUCAGACUGCACUUGCUAGCAUUUCCCCUAACCCCUCAACGCCUAAGGGGCCUCACCUUCCAAAACAUCGUCGGCUUCACUGUGACCUGCUACGCAGUUCUGGGGCACACACUGAAUGGGUACCUUGGAUGGCUAAUUAUAAUCGAUCGACCGGUGAAAUCCUUCUUUUUAAUUAGCGUAGCGCCUGUGUUGACGUUGCAGUGGCGGAAGCUGUCGCAAAGUGAAUGCGAGGCGCUUUCUGGUUUUCUUUCUGUGGAAGUGCUUUGUCGUAGCGUCCCGUCUCCUGUCCCGGUGACCGGUGACUCUUUUGUCGGGGCCCUUCGCAGGUUCUGCUCUGUCUGCGAGAGGUACGUGUCCUCGGGGAACCGGCACUGCCCCGUCUGUGACGCCUGCACCUCGAAGGACGGGCGGGAGUGGAGGCACUGCGCGCCGUGUAAUAAGUGCGUAAAACCCUCCUGGCUCCACUGCUCUGCGUGUGGCCGGUGUGCCCUGCCGGACCACCCCUGUGGGAGGGGCCAGACUGGCUGCUUCACGUGCAGCAGCCUGGGGCACAAGCGCAGGGCGUGUCCUCACAGUGGCAAACUCAGAGAGAACAGAGGUCAGGCCGCAGGGAGGAGACCCGGAGCAAACCUGUCCAAACAGAUCGCCAGCAGAGUCGCAGUCAGGAAGGGCAAACCAUCUCGCACAUCAAAGGCACACAAAGUCACGUGACCUCCCUGUGCUGCACUUCCUGCAGAACGCAUGUUUGUACGUGUAUAUGCAUCUUGGAAGUGCUCAAAAUAUUUUGUAUUAAAGAUUUUUCUUCUUCUGUAGAUAACAGUUUGCUUUUUGCAUCUCAAAUGGUAUAUAGAGAACAACUGAAUUAAUGGUAUUUCAUGUGAAAGUAUUCACAAUCAGUUAUUGUGAAAACAGAUUCUUUUUGGAAUAUAUAUAUAUAUAGUAGUUCUGGGAGCACAGAAACUACAUUAAGGUCUGUAAACACUCCAGUCUCAUUCCUAUUCUAUCAUGUCAUAUACAUAGUCUUUGCAGUGCAUUGAAUAAAAUGGGCUUCUCGUAAAUAGCAUUACUCAAACCACAGAAAAUAAAACACCUCAUAAUAAACUCUUGGCCAUGAGCAGAGCUCCACUAACAGUUUACAUGCAGGUUGAUUACAAGGCCGUUCAUGUUUGAAUAGAUGUAGCGUAGCCGUGGGGUUUUUCCAGCGAUCAUACUGGUUCUCCUCCACCAGGGGGCAGAGUGCUACAGGAAUGCUAGAAUGCAAAGCGAACUAACAUGGCAUUGCAGGUUCCCACAUCCUGUUUAUGUGUGGUCAGUUUAAAAGGCUAAUAUUCAUGUUUCUCUCUUUAUGUGAAAGACCUCAGUGGGAAUGUAUCUGAGUUUUGUGGUAACCAGUAAGGUGCUACUGUGAAGCUGUUACCCCGACUAACAUGUUGAUGUGAUUGGCCCAAAAGUGCCGUCUGGUGGCUGUAAAUGUAGUACUGGCAUGCUGAGCAGAUUUAUGCUGGCAUUUAAUGUCAACUGUUGUUUUUUUUUCCUGAACAGCUGGGUUAUAAGGCUGUUUUUGAUGACUGUAAUUCUGGCAAUACUGACUGCCAAACAUGCUUUGGCUACAAUUAAAACAUAAAAGUGUAGAUAAAAGUA